UAGUGUAUACCACAAACGGUUAAAGUGUUUUGAUGAUAUUUUUUUAUCUGCUCAUGAAAAGUGUCGAUAGAUGCUCAUGUUUAGUAAGCUCGCAAACGUGAUAAAAUUCUUUUGCAUUCAAAUAAUGUUGUAGAAGAAAAACAGUACCUUACAAAAUUCACAGCGGCAUUUUUCAUAACCUCAACGGCCAGGAACGUACUUUUAUGUAAAAAUGCCGCCAACGAAAAAGACUGAUCUAGACAAAUUAGCAUGGGCUUGGAUUGAAGGUGUGGUAUUAGACCAAAUAGAAAGGAUACAUUUGGAAACUGCCUACAGAAUAGGUUUAAAAACAUGUAAAAAUUGCAAACGUAAUUGCACAAAUAAUCCACAAUGUUUAACUGGAUUAGGAGAAGAAAAGUACAUGAAAUCACAACCUGCAGAAAUAAUACCUUUAGAAAAUUCUUUAUCUGAGUUACGUGACCCUACUCAAUAUGUUGGUCUAAAGAAUUUAGGUGCAACCUGUUACGUUAAUAGCUUAAUUCAAAUGUGGUUUCAUAAUGAAGAUAUGAGGAGGAUAAUAUACAAAUGGAGUAUCACAGAAGAUCCAGAGGAAAAAGAAGCACUGUGUCAAGCUAAGAAGGCAGGAGCACCAUUUCAUCCAGUGACAGCAGUUGGACAGUUGCAAUAUAUAUUUGCAAUGAUGCAAUUUGGAAAUCGUCGUCUACUCGAUCCAAUGAAUCUUGCAAUCGCGUUGUCUUUGGAUACUAGAACUCAACAGGAUGCACAGGAAUUCUCCAAGCUGCUUCUCUGCCAUAUCGAAGGGAAGCUUCAACAAAACUCAGAACUGAAGCAGAUGCUGCAGAGGCUGACUCAAGGAAAAUACAGCUAUAUCAAUUGUUGUUCGAAAUGCGGAACUGAAUAUCCAACCUCCACUACAUUCUACGAAUUGGAUCUACAGCUCGCAGCCACUUUGAAAGAAGCAGUAGAGAAAUACUUGUCUGUGGAACAAUUAACUGGAGCAAAUCAGUAUCACUGCGUUACCUGCAAUGACAAAAAAGAUGCACGCCGAUUUAUACGCUUAGAAUCUCUUCCAGAAACAUUAAACAUACAGCUAAUGCGUUUUGUGUUCCAUAGGGAUUCUGGACAGAAAAGAAAAUUAAAUUCUUUUAUACAGUUUCCCGAAGAUCUCGAUAUGUCGGAAUAUGUGAGGUGUCCACCACAAACUCAUUUGUACAGUCUUGUCGCAGUUUUGAGUCACAAAGGUCCAUCUGCGCAUUCAGGUCAUUAUAUUGCAAACAUAUGCAAUUCAAAUGGGGAAUGGUAUCAAUUUAGUGAUGACAAAGUAGAGAAAAUGCAGAAUAAAAGAAUUGAGGAUGGAGUUAAUGAAAAUUCGAAAGUUGUAAAACGGGGACGUAUACCGAAAGGAUUUUUGUCUUCUAAUACUGCAUACAUGUUAGUUUAUAAAAAAGUUACUCCAGAAAAACGAAUAAGUACAACUAAAAAAAAUAAGCAAAAAAAAUUAGAUGGAGAAACUAAUAUCAGCAAUGACGCAAUACCCAUUGAAAGGACUGUAGUAGUUAAAGAAACAUCGGAUUUAUCAGAUGAAGGAAAACGCACAUGUGAUUCAAUUUCUGUUGUUUCUGAUGCGAGUGAUACUGGACAAAUAUCAAAACUUGACACAGAGAUGAAAGAACAGGUAGAAACUUCAAAAGCAUCCCUAGAGAAAACUACACUGGAAGUAUAUGUAAAGUUGGAAUCUAUUUUUGAUGAACACAAUGGUAAACAGUACGAAUUUGACAAUAAGGAAAAUCAGCAUGAUGCACAUAUGAAGAAACCAGUUGUAAAAGAUGUGAAAUUGGAUUAUAAGCGAUUAAAUGGAGCUGCACAUAGAGCUAUGAGUUGCGGGGAACGUGAUUUUUACGAAGAGAUGGAAUUUGAAAGUUGGGAAGUGAGUUCAACAUUGCGUGAUUUAGUGAGGCAAGAAAAUGUAAAACACGAGUUAAGCUUGUUGGCUAUUCAACAAGAAAAACAAAAGGAGAUUGAAGAUCAGAACUUAAAAAGACAACUUGUCAUAGACGUAUAUAAUAUUAUUUCGAACGUAGUUUCGUGGGAGAAAUAUCAAUGGAUUCCAAGUGAUUGGUUAUCAAAAUGGCUUAAUGGACACUCAUCCAUUGAUGGAAUACCGCCAAUAGACAAUUCUAUAUUGAUGUGUUCACAUUAUCGACUCGAUCCUUUAAAAGUGAAUCGUGCGAAGUGUAUGCCUGUGGCAGCUGCAGAUAUGCUUUAUGAUAAAUAUCGCGGGGGACCACGGUUGGAUGAAAAUUCUUUCUGCGAAGUUUGCGUGAAACGUCGAUAUAAGCUACUUCGUUUCAAAAUGUCACUUGAACGUGAUCAUAAGGAAGUUAGCGAACUCGUUCGGAAUGUCAAAGAACCAUAUGAAACUAGUUACAUCGUGGGUGCUGACUCAUUGAGGUCGUGGCGAAGACUUGCAAUGGAAAAGUUCACGGAUGAUAUGGAGCAGGAAAUUGAGAAUGAAGACUGUCAGGAUCCAAAUGGUCCCCCAAGAGAUAGUAAAAGUGCAAAUAAGGAAAGUGAGAGACUGAAGGAACGGGGAGAAAACGAAGAGAACGAGAUUAUAAUUUACUUCAAUGAAGAUUUACUUUGUGAGCAUGGUUCAUUGAAAACACCGGAUUCAACAAGGAAGAUAGUGCCCUGUGAAGCUUGGAUGAUACUUCGAAAAUAUUUCCCAGAAUCCAAGGAAUAUCCUAUUGGUUCUAUGUCGUGUUCAAUUUGUGAGGAAAAAAUGGAGAAUGCACAGAAAGCAAAAAAAGACGAUAAGAUAAAAGCAAAGCAGCAAAAGGACGAGUUAAAUGACUUAUACCAUGGUAGAAAUAGGAACGAAAUAUUGAAGUGCGAAGAUCCAGAAAAAGCAUUUUAUAUCGUGGAGAAAGGAUUUUUAGACAGUUGGCGUUCCUUCGUUCGGUACGCCGAGGUCUUCUCGAAAGCACCGCCCGCUGGUAUUCGGAACGCUGUGCUUCUCUGCGAGCCUCACAAGGGAUUCCUGUACUCACCUACAGUUAACAACGACUUGUACACCAUCGCGACAGCGGAGGAAUGGUCGAAGCUGAUGCAGUUUUACGAUGUCGAUUACCCAAUCGUCAUUAAGAAGAACAGCGCAGACUUCAACACGGACCCCGGCCUGUGCGCGGCGUGCAUGUUGGUGAGAGUGGAGCAAGAACGUCUGGAGAGCCUGAAGUACGACAGGGCGACGAUUUAUAUAAAGUGCGUGGAGGAUAACGAGGAUACGAAGGCGGAGAACGACACCGAGGUGGCUGCCAAGAGACCCAAGAUGGAGAACACGAGGCCGUCGAGGACCAGGCGGAACUUGAAAGGCUCCCACGAGCUGAAGGUUUCGUCGGAGAUCACGCUGAAGGAGCUGAAACUCAUGACAAUGCAGAUUUGCGGCGCCGGCCCGUACGACCAGCAUCUGAUGCUGGGCGAGCACGAGCUGACGGAUCACAGCCAGAGUCUGGCAGCGCUGGGGAUAUUUCCUGGAGCUCUUCUCACACUGAAGAUCGACACGCCGAUAGAAAACGAAGCGGACGUCACGUCGGAUGCGAACAACCCCGAGUCCACCUUUCCGGAAAAGGGUUUCAAGGGAACGGAAUUGGUGCCGAGCUGAUCUGCGUCACCGAGGAUCAGGGGAUAGGCAAAUCGCGUUGUGGCGGGACGUUGAAUAACGAUAGUCGAUUUAACAUAAAAUAUUUUUCUACGCGAGUUAUCACAUACUUAUACAUAUAAUAAUCUGUAUAAUAACGCAGGCGUGUUAAAUAACACGUUAGGCCGAUGUAGCAUACGCGCGAGAGUGAGGGAAACAGAGUGCGUGUGAGCGUGAAAGAGAGAGUGCGAGGGGGAUGCAAUAUUGAAAUUAGGAAUCGGAUCGAUUUUUAUCGUUAUUAUCGUUAAUCGUACGCACAGACGAGGAGUGUAGACAAAGGGAGAGACAUGUGGGCGACAAAGAAAACCCAAAGACUAUUCGACGAGACUCGGAGAGAGGGUGAAUCAGUGGCUGCAUAUUAUACAUAACUGCUAGGGGGUGCAAGAGUGCGUGACUGGCCGCGAGAAGAGGACUCGCGAUGGCGAUGGUCGCCGCGAAUGGCCAACCAGAGCGAUCAUUUCCCAUGGCUAACGAUUUUUCCACCGGAUCGAGCAGCGAUCUAUAGGCGAUCUAUAGCGAUCUAUAGCGAGCCAUAGGUGCGAUUGAUCGCCCUGUCCAGCGUUUCGCGCAGCUCCAUCCGUAUCCCGGAUUACGGUUAUCCUAACGGUGUCUCGCGUUCGCGAAAACGCGCUACUCGCUUUGGAAAAUCGGUGGAAAAAUAGUG